AUGGAUGAUGAACAUGUUUUUCAUUAUCUUCUUUUAUGGAGGAUGUAUAUCCAUAUUUUGGCAAUAUAUGCUGCUAGUUUUUUUUUCUUGAAUUUCAUUUUGAGGGAUGAAUAUGAGAUAAGAUCUUUGAAUGAAAGAGCUUUAACUAGAUAUGAGUCAAGGAGGGAUACUUUGGACUCUAUCAUCAGUGCAAGUGAUUCUCAUUGCAUAUGGGAACUAAGAAUGUGUAGAAAUACAUUUGCACAUCUUUGUGAAGUUUUAAGGGUACGAGGAGGAUUAGUGAAACUUAGACAAGUGACAGUUAAAGAGCAAGUUGCUGUAUUUUUAAAUGUACUCGCUCAUCACACAAAAAAUAGAAGUAUUCAAGUUAGAUUAUCUAGAUCAGGACAAACGAUAAGCAAAUACUGUCAUAGAGUGUUGGCUGCAGUUUUGAGGUUACAUAAUGAUUUACUUGCCAAACCUGAACCAGUACCUCAAGACUGCACUGAUGAAAGAUGGAAGUGGUUUAAGGGAUGCUUAGGGGCUUUAGAUGGAACUUAUAUAGCAGUUACACCAAGUGCUUCUGACAGACCUACAUAUCGUACGAGGAAAGGUGGUCUCGCAACAAAUGUAUUUUAUGGAUAUAGAUAUGGAUAUGGAUAUGGAUCUUUCUUUAGAUUUUAUUUUCUCUGUGGUAUGAAUGAAGUAUGA